AUGUCUUCUGUUUAUACUUUUGAAAUGUUGCCCGAUGAAAUGAUAUUAAAGAUGUGCAGUUAUCUUCGUGGGUCCGAUGUUCUCUAUGCUUUUUUAAAUCUACGUGCUCGUCUUAACCUUACGAUCACAAGUUAUUGCCGUUAUGUGAAUUUAAUGGCUGUUCCUCAUCAUCAGUUUGAUUAUGUAGUGUCUCAAAUUUUACCUUUGAUCGGUUCUUCCAUUCGAUCGUUUGUUAUUAAUGGUAAUUGGGAGAUAAUAAUCUCUCAGAAAGCAUUCACUCUGCUUUUCACCUCGUUCAUUUCAAAUAUUUUUCCUCAAAUUGAAAAAUUAACACUGAAAUGCUUCACUGGUAAACGCCUUUUUACCUUUCUUGACAACCUUACAGAUCUUUCACAGUUGGUCGAACUUGAUAUACGAUUUCUCAGAGAAGAUGUAGACGAUACAUUAAUGAGAAAGAUUUUCGCUAGUAACAACAGACGACUCAGACUGGUAUCCUUCGAUAAUGACUCCAUUGCUUUGAAUUUAUCUGAAGAUAAUCAUAAAAAUAUUUCAUUUCCAAACAUUCAAGAGCUUAAAAUUAAUUUGGAGUCUAUCCAAAUACUACCAUGCCUUUUUACACUUCUACCCAAUCUACAUCGUUUACAUGUAUGUGUUGAAAAAAGCUCGCACGAAGAAGACGGACGUAAACUCUUCGCUGAUUUAUCACCUUUGAUUUAUUUAACCGAUUUUCAGUUGCGCUUUGCCGAUUUUGUGGGGAUGUUCGAUACCAUUGUCAAUAUAUUAAAUCAGAUGCCUUUUCUUGAAACAUUAACAUUUGAUUUAUGGACCAACGAUGAACGUCUAGUCAACGGAAGUAAUCUCAUACCAAUACUACCGUCAAGCCUCAAACAAUUUCAUUUUCUCAUUCGAUAUUACUGCUCAGAGUCAAAUUGCCGAAUAGAUCAUCUACUUAAAUCGUGGCCAAAUCAUAUGCGAGUUAGCUAUUCUUUGAAUGAAGAUGACAGUUGUCUAUUAUUCUAUACGAUGCCUUGUUGUUUACGUUCAACUAUCAUAUCAGCAAAGAUAAGUAAACAUGUCGUCUCUUCUUGGACAUAUAUGGAGUACGUUGAAGAUCUACAAAUUAGUGAUGUUACAUGUCUCAAUGACAUAAUCCCAAUAGUAAAGCAUCUCCAUCGACUGCACACGCUAGCUGUAGAUGCAAAAAACCAGCCAGAAAAUGCUACUUCAUUGACUCAAUCUAUUCGUCUUCGACUGCCUUGGCUUAAGAAACUCGAAGUACAUGGUAUCUGUGAAUUAUUUCAUUUACUUCAGGCAGCUCCUAAUCUCGAAUACUUAAUUGUCGAGCACAACUCUAUCAAACAUCUUCUUGAAGAUGAACCCACCUGUAGUCUAUUACAAAAACAAAUUGUUCGUCUCGAAAUUUUUCGAGUGGAAGCAAUCGAUACCGAACAAUUAAAACGUAUUGCUCUUGUGUUCAACAAAAUUAUUGAGUUUAUUCUAAAUAUCAAAAAUUCAAGAACGUUCAUUGACUCAAUUAUAACAGCAGCACUUCUUCUUUGGAAGAACAAAGAACUUUUUUCACUUCAUAUCGGUGGUUCAAUGUCAGCUGAAGCAACUGAAAAUCUUCAAGAAUGGAUAGUUCAUCAUUCAGAUUUAACAAGAGAACAUUCUUUUGCAAUUGCUUAUCAAAAAAAUUGGUUUUCUUUAUGGUGGUAA